AUGUCCCUUGACAGCAAAUUCCACCUCCCCCAAGAAGCAGGCCUCUUCAACGCAGCCCCAAGCCUAAACCCACCCCCAACACCAGCAACAAAAGAAUACAGACUAAACCACCUAGCCUUACGCAUCCAAGACCCAGCCCGCUCACUGCACUUCUACAUCAACCUCCUAGGCAUGCGAAUAAUCUUCACCAUGAACGCCGGCCCCUUUACGAUCUACUACCUCGGACACCCGCCAGCAGAUGCAAAGACCGAAGAAGAUGUUGCCGCGUGGGCGAAGAGCACAAGCGAAAUGCCCGUUAUGACGAGGACGAGCGGACUGCUGGAGUUGUAUCAUGUGCAUGGCACGGAGAACAGUGGUGCAGAUGGUGUUGUUUGUACGGGGAAUGUAGCCCCGCAUCUUGGGUUUGCGCAUCUGGGGUUCACGGUUCCGGAUGUGGAGGCUGCUGUGCAGAGGCUGCGGGAGGGAGGGGUUAGGAUUCUGAAGGAUGUGGGGGUUUGUUCGAGGGAGACGGUGCCGCUUUCGGGGUGGGAGGAGGAGAGAGGGAUUGGUUGUGGGGAGAUUCAUGGGCAUUAUGCUUGGUUUUUUGAGAAAUUUGCAAUGGUUUCUGAUCCGGUGGGUUUCGAUACCGGCCCUAGGUAG